GUGAGAAACCUUACCACUGUGAUAUCUGUGGGAAAUCAUUCACUCUAAAGGUUGUCUUAACUAAACACAAACGUACUCAUACAGGUGAAAAGCCAUAUCACUGUGAUAUCUGCAGUAAAUCAUUCAUUCAAAAGGGACAAUUAAGUAGACACAAAUGUAUUCCUUCAGGAAUGAAAUCACAUCAUUGUGACACCUGUGGUGAAUCAUUCUCUGUAAAAGCUAAAUUAACUAAUCACAAACUUACUCAUACAGGUGAAAAGCCAUAUUAUUGUGAUAUCUGUGGUAAAUCAUUCACUCAAAAGAACCAUUUAAGUAGACACAAAGGUAUUCAUUCAGGGGUGAAGUCACAUCAUUGUGACACCUGUGGUGAAUCAUUCUCUGAAAUAGAUCACUUGACCACUCACAGACUCAUUCAUUAGGAGAGAAACCAUGUCAUUGUGAUAUCUGUGGUGAAUGGUUCUCUCAAAUAAAUCUCUUAGAUAAACACAGACACACAUUGAUAUGGAAGAGAAGCCAUGUAACUGAUUCUGUGGUAUAUCCUUCUCUGAAAAAAGACAAUUAACUACAGAUAUAUUUCUCAUCAUAGAGAAGAGUGACUGUAUCAAUAUCAAAAGUCAUUUGUUGAAAGGAAUAUCUUAUAUAACAAUAAAUGUAUCCACAUGAUAAAGAAGAUAUAACAAAACACUAUAUUUUUUAUUUAUCCCCAUCAAUAUCUACCAUUCUGAUAUUUUUAAUAAAAGCUGUUUUUCAUAAUCUCUUAUAUAAAAUCCGUUCUGUCUGUCUGUCUGUGUGUCUUCUCGGAUUUCGGGCAUCCUCCAUCCGAUUGCACUUAAAUUUGAUUUGGAGAUACCGACUGUAUCAGGGUGUGUAUUAGUCUUUGAAAAAAUUACAAAAAUUGAUUCCAGAAUAUCAGAGGACAUUGGCAUGAGAGGAAUUUUACUGCAGAAGCGUCAUCAAUAUUUAUCAUAUUUUGAAGAUGAUGUUACACAGAACUGGAUAUAAGAACCCUGUUUAUGUAAAUUAACUGUGAAUUACAGUAAAAUAUUUCUUCUGAGUGACAUUAUUGGUGAAAUUUCUUGGAUUCACUCUGAAAUGAGUACAACCUAAAUUUGAAUUCUGAAUAAACUUGGAUAAAUUUAAAAAGACAUUUGCAACAUCUGAAGAUAUCAGCAAAGCUUAUAUUUGAUAAAAAUAUGGCAGUUGUAACAUUUGUUAGGAAUAAAAUAUAGAAACAAGAAGAAAGGACAUUUCCAGACCAUUUUGUUGAAGAAAACAAUUACAGAAAGAGGAAUUGUGUGAGAAUCUUGGAGUUUUGUUAGUUUUAGCUGCAGAGAUGCCAAAAGAAAGAGGAAAAUCUGUAUAUGACUGUGAUAUCUGUGGUAAAUCAUUCUCUGUGAAAGUUAACUUAGCUACUCACAAAUGUACUCAUACAGGAGAGAAGCCACAUCAUUGUGAUAUCUGUGGUAAAUCAUAUUAAAAAUAAACUUAAUCUAACUAUUAACAGAAAUAUUCACACACAGCAAAAACUAUAUCAGUAUGAUAUCUGUGGUAAAUCAUUCUCUCAAAACUGUCACAUAACUAAACACAAACUUACUCAUACACGAGAGAAACCAUAUCAUUGUGAUAUCUGCAGUAAAUCAUUCAUUCGCAGAAGUGCUGUAACUGUACAUAAACAUAUUCAUACAGGUGAGAAACCAUAUCACUGUGAUAUCUGUGGUAAAUCAUUCUCCAUGAGAGUUAACUUAGCUAAACACAAACUUACUCAUACAGGUGAGAAACCUUAUCAGUGUGAUAUUUGUGAUAAAUCAUUCGCUCGAAGAAGUGCUGUAACUGUACAUAAACGUAUUCAUACAGGCGAUAAACCAUAUCAUUGUGAUAUCUGUGGUAAAUCAUUUUCUAAUUGUAGUGGUUUAACAUGUCACAGACGUAUUCAUACAGGAGAGAAACCAUAUCACUGUGAUAUCUGUGGUAAAUCAUUCUCCAUGAAAUUUAACUUGGAUACACACAGACUUACUCACACAGGGGAGAAACCAUAUCAGUGUGAUAUCUGCGGUAAAACAUUUGCUCGAAGAAGUGCUGUAACUGUACAUAAACGUAUUCAUACAGGCGAGAAACCAUUUCAGUGUGAUAUCUGUGGUAAAUCAUUCUCUCGAGAUGGUAACUUAGCUGCUCACAAGGUUAUCCAUACAGGAGAGAAACCAUUUCAGUGUGAUAUCUGUGGUAAAUCAUUCACUCACAAAAGUGGUGUAAUUGUACAUAAACGUACUCAUACAGGUGAAAAGCCAUAUCAAUGUGAUAUCUGUGAUAAAUCAUUCUCUCAAAGUGGUGACUUAUCCACUCACAGAUUUAUCCAUACAGGUGAGAAACCAUACAACUGUGAUAUCUGCAGUAAAUCUUUCACUCAAAAGGGACAUUUAAGUAGACACAAAGGUAUUCAUUCAGGGGUGAAGUCACAUCAUUGUGACACCUGUGGUGAAUCAUUCUCUGAAAUAGAUCACUUGACCACUCACAGACUCAUUCAUUAGGAGAGAAACCAUGUCAUUGUGAUAUCUGUGGUGAAUGGUUCUCUCAAAUAAA